UCCUUAGCAUUAACGGCUGGUGUUUGUUGACAGCAACGCCGCCUAGCUUAACUCUACUGUAGGAGUUGCAUUGUUUUGUUUGGCUAAAAUGGCAUCGUCUAACUCAUAUAAACUCAGGUGUUCCAUCCCGGGCCACGAAAUGGAUGUCAGGGGGCUUGCGACCGCCGUUUUCCCCGAAGGAGCUUUCGUGUCUGUGUCCAGAGACCGAACCGGCAGAGUCUGGGUACCAAACUCAAGUCCAGACAGAGGCUUCACAGAGAUGCACUGUAUGUCUGGCCACUCAAAUUUUGUAUCCUGUGUAUGCAUCAUUGCACCCAGUGAAACAUAUCCUCGGGGACUUAUUGCCACAGGUGGGAAUGAUAACAACAUUUGUGUUUUUACACUGGACCAACCACAGCCCCUAUUCACUCUUAAGGGUCACAAAAAUACAGUUUGCACUCUGUCGUCUGGAAAAUUUGGCACACUUUUAAGUGGCUCCUGGGAUACCACAGCCAAAGUCUGGCUCAAUGAAAAGUGCAUGAUGACUUUGCAGGGCCACUCUGCAGCAGUGUGGGCAGUGAUCAUCUUACCUGAACAGGGUCUUAUGCUUUCUGGAUCAGCAGAUAAGACCAUAAAGCUUUGGAAGGCUGGUCGAUGUGAGAAGACGUUUACAGGUCAUGAGGACUGUGUCAGAGGACUAGCAGUGAUCAGCAACACCGAGUUCUUCUCUUGCAGCAAUGACACGAGUAUCAGAAGGUGGCUGGUGACAGGCGAAUGUGUACAAGUCUAUUACAGUCACACCAACUUCAUCUACAGCUUAGCUGUCUUCCCCAAUGGUCAAGAUUUUGUAAGCACAGGAGAGGACAGGACUCUGAGGAUAUGGAGGAAUGGAGAAUGCUCUCAGACCAUCCGGCUGCCUGCCCAGUCUGUCUGGUGCUGCUGUAUUCUGCCUAAUGGUGACAUAGCUGUUGGAGCCAGUGACGGCAUUAUCCGUGUGUUUACGGAAUCCGAGGACCGCAUGGCUAGUGUAGAGGACCUGCAGGCCUUUGAGGAUGAGCUCUCCAAAGCCACUAUCGACCCCAAGACAGGCGACCUCGGAGACAUCAAAGUGGAGGAUCUUCCUGGAAGGGAACAUCUUAAUGAGCCUGGGAAUCGCGACGGACAGACGCGGUUGAUCAAAGAUGGACAGAAGGUGGAGGCGUAUCAGUGGAGUGUCAGCGAUGGGCGCUGGAUGAAAAUUGGAGAUGUGGUCGGAGGCUCGAACCAACAGACCUCCAAGAGUGUGAUGUACGAAGGAAAGGAAUACGACUACGUCUUCACCAUCGAUGUGAAUGAAGGAGGACCGUCCAUGAAGCUGCCUUACAAUGUGUCAGAAGACCCCUGGCUGACAGCGCACAACUUUCUGCAGAAGAAUGACCUCAGCCCCAUGUUCCUCGAUCAGGUUGCCAAUUUUAUCAUUGAGAACACAAAAGGACACGUGGUGGGACCCGCCCAGCCUGCUGGUGGUGAUCCGUUCACCGGAGGAGCUCGGUACAUCCCUGGCUCCGCUGAUGACAGGCCAGGCUUUGGAGCUGAUCCCUUCACAGGCUCCGGUCGUUACAUCCCAGGGUCGGGUCCAAACCCAGGUGCCUCCGUUGGUGUGGCAGAUCCCUUCACAGGAGGAGGUGCGUACUCUUCAGCAGCCCUGAGACGGACAACAACCAAUAUCUACUUCCCCAAGACGGAUGGUGUGACCUUUGAGCAAGCAAAUGCCUCACAGAUCAUCGCCAAAUUGAAGGAGCUGAACGGAGGUGCACCUCAGGAGCACAGGCUCUCCGAAGAAAUUCUGGAAAAUCUUGAGAGUCUGCUGUUGUCGGUGUCUGGACCCAACUCCUCUGAGCCUCCACUGACCAUCCAACAGAUCAACCUGCUGUGGAAGGCCUCUCACUGGCCCGAUGACAUUGUGUUUCCUGUGCUGGACAUUAUGAGGCUGGCAGUGCGCCACCCGCAGGUUAACGAGACCCUCUGUGGCGAGGCGGAGGGAGUCCAACUGUGCAACCACCUGCUGAGCCUCAUGAGGCCUGAGGGGCGUCCUGCCAACCAGAUGCUGGCGCUGCGGACUCUGUGUAACUGCUUUAGCGGCAGGCAUGGCCGAGCUCUCCUUAUGGCUCAGCGCGAAACGGUGCUAUCGCGUGCUGCCGACCUGGCCACCGUCUGCAAUAAGAACAUCCACGUCGCUCUGGCCACUCUGGUGCUGAACUACGCCGGCUGCCUGCACAGCCAGCCCGACCUCGAGGCCAAGGCCCAGUGUCUGUCGGUGGCCAGUCGAGCUCUGGAGACGGUACAAGACAGGGAGGCUGUAUUUAGGCUGCUGGUGGCCUUGGGAACCACUGUGGCCUCAGACCAGACAGCCAAGGACCUGGCUCGCUCCCUGGGGGUCAACUCUCAGAUUUCCAAGUACUCGUCGGUGUCCGAUCCGGCAAAGGUGGGCGAGUGUUGUCAGCUGAUUUUAAAAGAACUACAAUGAUGUGAAUGAUUUGGAGAAAAAAAGCGCCCAUCUUUCUUUUACUCUGUUCUGCUUAAUCAGUUGUGGUGGACACUUACAUAAUUGUAUGUUCUGCAAUAAAAAAGGACAAAUGAGAACACCA